AUGGCAUUCCAGCGCACUAGGGAAAAGCGGUUGGACUGUAGAGGGGAUGCCGGGGGCCAGAAGUGCCAGUGGGUGGAGGUCGAGGCCCACCCUCAGAGGAGCCCAAAAGGAGGCAAAACUAUGGCAGGGAAGCUCCUGAAGUCCUCCAUCCCUGGGGUGAGCAUCUGGCAGCUGGUGGAGGAGAUCCCUGAAGGUUGUAGCACGCCGGACUUUGAGCAGAAGCCAGUCACCUUGGCUCUGCCAGAGGGGAAAAAUGCCAUCUUUCGAGCUGUGGUCAGCGGGGAGCCCAGGCCCGAGGUGUGUUGGCACAGCACCAAAGGUGACCUCGGUAACUCCAGCAAGUACCAAAUCUCCUCUGCCCCUGGCAGCAAGGAGCACGUGCUGCAGAUCAACAAACUGACAGGCGAAGACACAGACCUGUACCACUGUACAGCGGUGAACAUGUAUGGAGAGGCUGCGUGCUCAGUGAGACUCACCGUUAUCGAAGUUGGCUUUCGAAAGAACCGAAAGAGGCACAAGGAACCCCAGGAGGACCUUAGGAAGGAGCUGAUGGACUUCCGGAAGCUGCUGAAAAAGAGGGCCCCGCCAGCCCCAGAGAAAAAGAUGGACCUGGAACAGGUAUGGCAACUGCUGAUGACGGCAGACCGGAAGGACUACGAGCAGAUCUGCAUGAAGUAUGGCAUCGUCGACUACCGGGGCAUGCUGCGCAAGCUGCAGGAGUUGAAGAAGGAGCAGGAGGACAAGAUGGCACAGUAUGUCAACGCCAUCGCCAACUUGAGACAUGUCAGGGUCACCAAGGAAGGGGUCGCCACGUUUGACCUGGAGCUGGAUCUCAAGAGUUCUGAGAGCAAGAUUUACUUGUAUAAGGAUGGUGAGAUGAUCCCCUACGGCUUCGACAACUACACCAAGCACUGUCUGCGCCGGCUGGGAAAGCGCUACCAGUUCCAGAUCCAGGACCUGCAGCCUGAGGACGCCGGCAUUUACCAGGUCAAGGUGGAGGAUGCUAUGGUCUUCUCCACAGAAUUAGAGGCCAGUGCCAUCCCUCCACGAGUAGUGGUCCCGCUGACUGAGGCCCGCUGUGAGGAGAAAGGUGAUGCAGUCUUCGAGUGUACACUCUCCAGCCCCUGCCCUAAUGCUGCCUGGCUUUUCCGGCAUCGGCCACUCCAUCCUAGUGACAAAUAUGAAGUGUUUGUGUCCCCUGAUGGGCUGACCCACCGGCUGGUGGUGAAGGGGACCCGUUUCUCAGACAUGGGCCCAUAUUCUCUGGGCACCGGACUCCAUACCUCCAGUGCCUGGCUGGUGGUUGAAGCCGGAAGGGAUAAAGGCCUUCAGACCACUAGUGCUGACUGCCAGUUGCCGGCACAAGGAGCCCAGACCCCAGGAGCAGAAGAUGCUGGGAGCAUUAGUAGCCAGGGAGGAAAACCCAGAAAGCAAGGUCCCAUGGGGAGCUCCCUCAAGGGACUUGGGUUGGCUUCUGGACUCCAGUGCAUGGCCAGCCCAGACAGAGGUGGCCUUGGCAGGCAUGGCUACUCCUCGAUGGGGAACAAAGGGAGAGCUGACUCAGCCUGGAGCCCUGGGCAGGAGGGAAAGGGCUUUCUAGAAGCAGAAGAAGGCAAAGUCACUCCUGCUGGGGAAAAUCAGUGCCAUAGAGAGGGAGGCUGGGCUGGAAGCCUUGCAGGCAGGCCCCAUCUACUGAGAGAGGGCCCAAAAUCAGGGUUAGGCCUCAUGGGAAUACGACAGCAAAAUCAUGGCAGAGACAGUGAUGGGAAUGGAUACUGGGGGACAGCAGGAGAUGGGGAGACUGGGCUCAGUCACCCUCAGGUUGGAGGAUUAGGGAGCAGAGGGGAAAGAAAGGAGCACAGAGAAGGCAAUGGAAGUCAAUGGGUUAGGCAUGGCCAGGAACAACUCUGGGAUGCUCAGCUGGGACCUGGGAUAGGAGAUGGAGCCCUGUGGGGAUCCCAGUCUGACCCUGUGGAGUCCUGGUCGGGAGGAAAGGAGGGUGAUAAGAUUUUACAGGGUGAUAGCCUAGAUGAGAUGGAGGGAGAGGAUGGUCUGGGUAGGGAAAGAGGGACAGGAGUGGCAAGGGUAGCAUGGGGUAGUGGCACUGGCCUGGGGGGAGCUGGAGACAGCAAUGGGGCAGGAGGUCCUGGCACCCUGGAGUUUCCUGGAGAAAGAGGUUCUAGCUCCAAAGCAGGCAUGGACCCUGAAUCCUGGGGUUCUCAGGGUGGUAGAGAUGCUGACUCUGGGGAAACCAGGAGCUACUGGGGCUCAGGGGACUGUCUAGGACAGACAUCUGGAGGCAGGGACUUCCAGGAACCAUCAGUAUCAGGUGGUAGAAAACUCCCUCUGGGAGAUGGGAGUCCUAAGGCCAAUGCCGAGUACUCGCUGCAGAAGGCAGAUGGUCUAUGCCCAGGGGAGACUGUGGUUGGAGGAAAGAUCUACAAAACUGGCUCUGGAGGCCCAGGAGACCCCAGGGACUGGGAAGGUAGCCCACAGGAGCUUAGGAGCAGGGAGGACCAAGAAACAGCCAGGGUCUUAGGCAUGGCAGGGGAUGGCUCUAGAAGCUUCCAGUCUUCCCAGGACUGGACAGCAGGCCAGAGAGGAGCAGGAAAUAUUGGCAGCACAGAGUCUGAGAGCACAGGUCCUUGGGAUGAUACAUGGUCCACCCUCAGAAAAACUGGGGGUCACCAAGGGCUAGGAGUAGUGGGGUCCAGUGGAGGGAAAGAGGGUAUGGGUGGUACCCAGGCAACUGGGCUGGUAGAGUCUGGUCAGGGGGUGGGUGCCAGAAGCCACAGGCUAAUUCGGGCUUCAGGCCUGGGUGCUGAGGGGGCUGGAGGGACACUAGAAGAUACAGAAGGAUUAAGUUGUCCACGGGCAAGAGGGUCCAAAGCAGAUCUCUGGAAUGGGACAGGGAGCUCCAGAGUAAAAGGACCCAGAGGUGAGCUGGGCUAUAAGGAUGGCUUAGGAGGUCCAGGGAGAAUGGAAUCUAGGUAUGGGGGUAGCUUAGGAUAUCCUGGGGGAAUAGGUCCUGAAAAUGGGACUGACUUUAGUGAUGGUUCAGGGGUGCCAGGAGAAAUGGGGUGUGUACAUGGUACUAGUUUUAGAGUUGCCUCUAGGACACCUGAGGGAACAGAAUCUGAGGAAGGGUAUGCUUCCAGGCACGGUUCAGGGGUGCCUGAGGGAAUGUGGUCUGGGAAUAAAGAUCAGUAUGGUCCUGCAGGAAGGGGGGCUGGGAGAGUUGCCAGUCUCAAGAAUGACUCAAGUGGCCCUGAUGGAGCACCCAUGGAUGAAACCAGAAAUUGGGAUGCAUGCAGAGGCCAGGGGGACAUGGGCCCUGGGGGAGUGUGUCAUUCAGAUGGUGGCCUAGGGAGUCCUGGGAUGGUGGGGUCUAUGGGUAGAGGUGGUCUCAAGGCCUCUGGAACAAGGGAGACUGUUGGAGAGGGACGUGUGGAAGCAGAACCAGGGGGCUCUGGGAGAAUAGGGCCUUGGGGUCAGGCUGGAGAUUAUGGGGGCUUCAGAGCCUCUAGGGUCCUGAGGGCCUUUGGAGAGCAAGGCUAUGAAGAUGGUGCUGGGGGUCCAGGAACCAUGGAGCCAGGUUCUCUGAGGGCAGGGGACAAAGUGAGUGAUGGGGCUGGAAUCAGAAGCCUUGAUGCAAGGGCCUCUGGAGCUGGAACUUGUUACUGGGACAGUACUGGGCACCCUGAGGCACUAGCUCUUCCCACUGGGGGUGGUUCUGAGAGCCAGUGGGCUUGUGGGAAUGGCAAUAUGCUGGGUUAUGGGGAUGGAUCAGAACUUUCAGAGCCUCAGGACGCUGGGGGAAGAACAGCUUAUGAAGGAGGACCAAGGGGCCUUGGGCCUAGGAGUACAGGGCCAGAAGGUGAGGCAGGCUUUCGAGAUGGCUCAGGGGGCCUCCAUGGAAUGGGAGCAGAUGGGACAGGUUACAGGAAUGGUGUUGGGUGUUCUAGGGAAAUGAGAUUGGAUGCGGCAGGCUAUAGGAAAGAUUUGGGGGCUCCUGAGGGAAUGGGUUUAGGAGGCAAGGCAGAUUAUAGAGAUGGUUUAGGGGGCUCUGGGGAAAUGGGGUCACUGGACAAGACAGAAUAUAGGAAUGGUACUCAGGAUUCUAAGAAAACAGAGUUAGUGGAUGAGGCAGGUUAUUGGAAAGAUUUGGGGACUUCUGAGAAAAUGGGUUCAGGCAGCAAGGCAGAUUAUAGGGAUGGUUUAGGGGGCUCUGGGGAAAUGGGGUCACUGGACAAGACAGAUUGUAGGAAUGGCAUUCAGGGUUCAAGGAAAAUGGGGUCAGUGGAUGAGGCAGGUUAUUGGAAAGAUUUGGGGGUUUCUGAGAAAAUGGGUUCACGAAACAAGGACAUAGAUUACAAGGAUAGUUUAGCGGACUCUGGGAAAAUGGGGUCAGCAGGUAAGGCAAGACAUAGGAAAGAUCCGGGGGCUCCUAAUAAAGUAGGAGGGAGCAGGGUAGAUUAUAGAGACGGUUUAGGGAGUUCUGGGGAAAUGGGGUUAGCAGAAAAGGCAGGCUGUAGCAAUGGCAUUGGGGGUUCUGGGGAAAUGGGGUCAGUGGAUGAGACAGGUUACAGAAAAAAUUGGGGGGUGCAUGAGGGAAGUGGUCCAGAGAGCAAAGAAGACUAUAGGAAUGGUUUAAGGGGUUCUGGGGAAAUUGGGUCAGCAGAUGAGGCAGGUUAUAGAAAAGAUUUGAGGACUCCUGAGGGCAGGGGUACAGGGAGCAGGGCCGAUUAUAGGGAUGAUUUAAGGGGCUCUGAGAAAAUGGGAUCAGAAAGUGAGGCAGGUGAUAGGAAUGGUUUAGGGGGAAGUAUUCCAUUAGGGAGUGAGGCGGGUUAUGGGGGUAGUUUGGAAGAUUCUGGGGGCACUUUGUUAUGGGGUGAGGCAGGUUGUAGGGAAGACUUGCAGGGAGCUGGGGGAAUGGGGUCUGGGAGUGAGGGCAAUUAUAGGGGAGGCUCAGGAGGAUCUGGGAAAAUGGGGCCAGAGGGCCUGAUGGGCCAUGGAGGAGGUUCUGGAAGGUAUGGAGUACCAGGUUCACUGGCUGUAGUGGAACCUGAGGCUGGACCCAGAGGCCACAAAGCCAUGGGGCACAGGUCAGGAUAUUGGGUCACAUUGGAGGGUGACACAAGCUCCAAGGAUGGCCCAGAGACAGCCAGAGGAAUGGGGCUUGUGGAUAGGGCAGGUCCUGGGGUGGGAGCAGGGACAGCUGGGAUGCUGGGCACUGUAGACAGCACCGCACACAGGGACAGCCCCAGAGGCCCGGGGGUGCUGGGGACUCAGGGAGGACCCCAGACUCUUUCAGAUGAACAGGGCUCUACCAAUGGUCUUGGGGGCAAUGGAACCUCAGGCCUUAGAGGCCUCAUCCCUGAGGCCUUAGAGGCUGUUGGUGCCAAGGGAAAAUCAGUUGUCGAAGAAUGGCAGGAUAGUUCUGGGAUUCCAAGGUCUUCUAGGGACAGAGGGGCUCCCAGAGGGAAGGGCAGAUCUCCAGAACAAGCAGGGAGAAUGGGGGCUUUGGGGUGUCCUGAGGGCAGAGGUACAGUGGAAGGUGAGACCUGGGCAGGGAUGGCUGCUCUGGAGUCUGGACAUGAACAAGACUCCUGGGAAGUAGGUCCAGGGACAGCAGACAAGGGUAGAGUUGCUGGCCAGGGGGGACUGGCCCCUCAGGGAGGUGAGAACUUGCUGCUGGGAGGCAGAAGGUUAGGAGCAGGGUCAGGGAGCUCAGCAGAGGCAGGCUGGGUUCUGGACAGCAGCUCUGUGCCCAGGGGGAGGGGCAAACCAAUGCCAGGGCCUGCUGAUGGGCAAGAGGUGAGUGAUACUUGGGCCCCAGGCUGGGAAGACCAGGGGUUUGGCCAAGGCAGCACAGGGGCUGUGGUCCAACUCUCAGGCUCUAGGGCUUCCAGUUCUCUGCAGGAGAAAGAUGCCACUUUCAGUGGGAACCAUGUAGGGCCAGGGGCUUCUAGGGGGAGGGGGAGCAUACCAGGUCAGGAAGCAGCUGGUGGAUGCCAAGGCCGAUGGUCCCUGGAUAACAAAGGUUCAGGACCUGGAAGGGGCAAGUCUGGUGGUACAGAGGACUCGGGUGUCCUGGGCAAGGGGAAUUCCACUGAGUGGGAGAAUGGCCUCACCCCAAAAUCUGGGGGGUCAGGACCUCAGGGAGCCUGGAGUGGCUUAGAUGGUCUCUUUGGCAGAAAAGGCUCUGGAGACCAAUCAGGAGGAAUGCAGGGCCUGAGCUCUCAGCCGGGCACAGGACAGAUAGGAGGAAGGAGGUCCCUCCAGGAGCAAGGGUCCCUGGAGGCUGAGAAUGGCAUGGCCCAAGGUCCUGGGGCCCUAAAGGAGCAUGAGGGGCAGGGAGGGGAAGAGUCUGACAGGUCAGACAGGAAGCCUGGUUCACUCAGGAGCAGGUCUCACGCACAGUCAGGGGCUGAAGUUGGAGUAGCAAAGAGAGGGGGAGCAGAUGAGGCCAGAGGCAAGAGGCAGCUGCGUUGGGGGCCAAACCGGGGGCGUCUAGGGGAGAUACCGAGUGAAGACUGGAGCCAGGAGCCCCCUGGUCAUCUUGGCAGCAGGAGAGUUGUCGAAGAAGGCAGAUUGGAUGUCUGUGGCGAGGGGAGAGAUGCCACCCAGAGUUCCACAUCCAGAUACAAACCUGACACUGGCAGUUUCUCCAAAGCCCAAGGCCCCGCGUGCCACUUCUCCCAGGGUCUGGCUGACAUAGAGGUGCAGCCUGGGGCGGCUGCCACACUCUCCCGCACCCUCAGCAGUGACCUGGGACCUGGGACCUGGUUCAAGGAUGGAGUCGAGCUCACCGCCCAGGACGGAGUCAUCUUUGAGCAAGAUGGUCUCGUGCACAGACUCCUCAUCACCCACGUACAGGGGACCCAGGGCGGGAAGUACACCUUUGUAGCCGGCAACCAGCAGAGUGAGGCCACCCUGACUGUUCAGGAUCCUCCCACUGUUGCUCCAGAUGUGACAGAGAAACUGAGGGAGCCACUGGUAGUCAAGUCUGGAAAGCCGGUGACAGUGAAGAUCCCCUUCCAAAGCCGCCUCCCGGUCCAGGCUGUCUGGAGGAAGGACGGGGCCGAGGUGGUGGGCGGCGGCAGCAGGGGGGCCCAGGUGGCCCUGGGGGACGGCUACACGCGACUGUGCCUCCCCAGCGCGGGCAGGAAGGACUGUGGCCAGUACUGCGUGACGCUGAGGAGUGAGGGAGGCUCUGUGCAGGCCGAGCUCACCCUGCAAGUCAUAGAUAAGUCGGAUCCCCCACAAGGCCCCCUGGAGGUGCAGGACCGCCACGGGGCUGGUGUCUGCCUCUGCUGGCGGCCCCCCAGGGAUGACGGGGGCCGGGCCGUGGAGCACUACGUGGUGGAGAGGCGGCAGGCUGGCAGGAGCACUUGGCUGAAGGUGGGCGAGACCCCCGCAGACAGCACCACUUUCACUGACAGCCACGUAGAGCAAGGCAAGAAGUACACCUUCCGUGUGCGGGCUGUGACCUUGGAGGGGGCUGGCGAGGCCCUGGCGUCUGAGGAAAUUCUGGUGGCUCCUAAGGCUCUCCCUGGGUCCCCUUCCGCUCCAGCCAUCCUUUCGGCCUCCAGCCAGAGCAUCACCCUAACAUGGGCAGCCCCUCGGGGCCCUGGCAGUGCCCACAUCCUGGGCUACCAGAUUGAGAAGCGCAAGAAGGGAAGCAACACCUGGACAGCGGUGACUGACCAGCCCGUGCCUGAGAGGAAGUGGACUGUGACCGACAUGCGGCAGGGCUGUCAGUACGAGUUCCGGGUCACAGCCGUUGCUCCCUCAGGCCCUGGAGAGCCUGGGCCCCCAUCAGAUGCUGUCUUUGCUCGGGAUCCCAUGAGACCCCCUGGGCCCGUGCGAGAUCUCCAAGUCACAGACACGUCAAGUACCAGCAUCACUCUGAGCUGGGUUGGCCCGGAUGCCCAGGAUGGGGACGCAGCCCAGGGGUAUGUGGUGGAGCUGUGUGCCUCAGACAGUCUCCAGUGGAUCCCCUGCCAUGGGGGCACUGUGCCAGUCACCACCUACACGGCCAAGGGACUUCGACUCCGAGAGGGCUACUUCGUGCGGGUGACAGCAGUGAAUGAAGGAGGCCACAGCCAGCCCACUGCCCUGGACACACUGGUGCAAGCCAUGCCUGUCACUGUCUGUCCCAAGUUCCUCAUGGACUCCAGCACAAAGGACUCACUGAUGGUCAAGACCGGGGACACUGUUCGGGUGCCUGUCUACUUUGAAGCUGCCCCCAUGCCUGAGGUGACCUGGUUGAAGGAUGGCUUGCCCUUGCCCAAAAGAAGUGUGACCACCACUGAGGAUGGCCUCACCAAGCUCCUAAUUCCUGUGGCCAGCCUCUCGGACAGUGGCCUUUACACCGUGGUGCUGAGGAACCUUCAGGGGAAGGAGGCUGUCUACACCUUCCGCCUCAGGGUGGCAGCAUGUCCGCAGGCGCCAGGGCCAAUCCGCCUGCAGGAGAACGUGCCUGGGACAGUGACCGCUGAGUGGGAGCCCUCUCUGGAUGAGGCCCAGGGCAUCCCACUGUACUACACCGUGCUGACACGCUCCUCGGCUAACGGCCCCUGGCGCGAGGCAGCCGACCACGUCCACACCAACCACUUCACUCUCUUGGGUGUCCUCCCGGGCCACGAGUACUACUUCCGGGUGGUGGCCAAGAAUGAGCUGGGGGUCAGCACACCCUCAGACACCAGCCAGCCCUGGUGCAUCCCCCGGCAGCGCGACAGGUUCCCAGUGAAAACUCCGAGCUACCGGGAGCCUGACCUGAGCCAGAAGCCCCGGUUCCUGGUGGGCCUGCGGUCCCAUCUGCUGCCACAGGGCUGCGAGUGCUGCAUGAGCUGUGCUGUGCGAGGCUCGCCCCGGCCUCACAUCACCUGGUUCAAGAAUGGCCAGAGUCUGGAAGGAAACCCUGCGGUGUAUAGCACCGAUGUGCUAGGUGUGUGCUCCCUGGUCAUACCCAGCGUCUCCCCUGAGGACAGCGGCGAGUACAAAGCUGUGGCCGAGAACAUGCUGGGCCAGGCUGUCAGUACAGCCACCCUCAUUGUCAUAGGAAACAGUGGUCGCCCUGGCACACCGUGUCAGGACCUCCUUUUCCUGGAGGGACUUCUGUGUGACCUCUCACUGCCUCCAGAAUCUUCACCCUCCCUCAUCCUCAAGGCAUAG